GCCGAGUUGGAAAUUUGGCGGGAGAUGACCAUGGCUGUGGACACGGCGCAAACGGACGACACAGAGGCCCAGAAGGAGGGGUUUGUCCCGCAGAAGGAGAUCGUGUACAAUGCCCUGCUGCCUUACACUGACCGGUUGGACCCCGAGGCCGAUGCGCUCCUGGCGGAAAUCAAAGCCAAUCUGUCCCGGGCCGUGCUGCUGCGGGAGCUGUGGCCCGGGACCGCCUUUUGGUGCAGGAAACUCUUCUCGUUUCUGAAGCUGUACGGCCGCCGCUUCAGUAAAGACGACCAUAUCCUCUUUGUGAAGUUACUGUACAAGUUGGUGACGCUCCCGAAUUUGGAGCCGUACAUGAUGCAAACCUACGCUCGCCUUCUCAUCCAGCUCCUCAAAAAGAAGGAGCUGCUGUCCCGGGAUGACCUGCAGUUGCCAUGGAGACCGCUGUACGACCUUUACGAGAAGGUGGUCUACUCCAAAACAGAGCACCUCGGGCUCAUCUGGUUCCCAAACUCAGUGGACCACAUUCUGAAGGCUCUGGUGAAAAGCUGCCGACUGUAUUUCCCUGCCUCUUCCACUCAGGAGAUGCUGGACGAGUGGCGCCCCCAGCUGUGCGUGUUUGACGUUGUCAUGCAGAAGGCGAUAAGUAACAUGGAGUUAUUCCUGCCCACAAUUCUGCCCGUCAAGGAGCACGGCCAGGGCUUCCAAUUGUGGUUUGAUGAAUUAAUGAAUCUGUGGUUGUCGGUGCAAAAUCAGCCCAGUUGGGAAGGGCAUCUUGUGAACCUGUUUGCUCGACUGGCCAACGACAACAUCGGAUACGUGGACUGGACCCCUUAUAUCUCCACAAUUUUUACAAGAAUCCUUCGUAGUUUAAAUCUCCCCGUUGGCGUCAGUCGAAUGGUGGCUCCUCGAUAUCUCACCAACUCGUACGACCCUGGGCACCUGGUGUUGUGGAUCACAGCCCUACUGGGUGGUCCAGGAAACCCCGCCCAGAAAGAGCUGACCUGCCUCUUCAACAGCAUCGCAUCUUUCUACCAUCCGUCCAACCACGGGCGCUGGCAGGCUCGUCUAAUGCGUCUUCUUCAGCGUUUACCAGCGAGUGUCGUUCGGCGUGUCCACCGAGAGCGCCACGCUGCCCCCUGCUGGAUCACACUGGUCCCUGAGUCUCAGAGACUCACAGAUGAAGACUUAAGAGAGUUCACUCAGAGUUUACUAGGAGCAGCUCUACUGGCCAUGUACAGUAAAACGGGAAGCACUGAUGCAGCCUACGCUCUCCAAAACCUGGCCCUCCUCACUCCAGAACUCAUCCUACCACCAGUGCUGGAGAAGACGUAUGUUGCCAUGGAGACGCUGACUGAGCCCCACACACUCACAGCCACUCUGAGCUGCAUGAUCGGUAUGGCCCGGAGCCUCGUAUCAGCCAACAAUAAUUACCCAGAAGGCCGAGCGCACGUGGUCCCUCUCCUCAUGGGCUCCCUGCCUGGUGUCGACCCCAACGACUUCAGCAAGUGUAUGAUAACGUUUCAGUUCAUUGCCACCUUCACGACUCUGGUGCCUUUAGUCGACUGCUCCUCUGCUCCGUCUGAUCACCCAGAGCUCACUGAAAUUGAGAGAGAUCUUUGCUUUGCUUCGGCGGAAUUUGAAGACUUCGUUUUGCAGUUUCUCGACAGAUGUUUUGCGUUGAUCGACAGCUCCACUCUGGAACAGACACGAGACGAGACAGAGACGGAUACACAGACCCAGCUGGAGAGUCUGGUAGAGCUGGGCCUCUCCUCCACCGUCAGCACCAUCCUCACACAGUGCUCCAUACAAAUAUACAAGGUGGCACUGCAGAAGGUGUAUAAUUUUGCCACAUCUAACAUCUUUGAGACGUGUGUGUCUGGAAGGAUGGUGGCGGAUAUGUGCCGAGCAGCAGCCAAGUGUCAUCCUUCCGAGUCGCUCCGUCUGUUUGUGCCUCACUGCUGCAGCGUCAUCUUCAACAUCACCAAAAGUGAGGAGCUUAAUGAAGAGAAUCUGGACAAAGAGCUGCUCUGGAACCUGCAACUGCUGUCAGAGGUGACUCGUGUGGAUGGGCAGCAUUUGUUGAAAUACUGCGCAGAGUUGGAGAAGGUUCUGAGGUUGUGUCUCCGUGUGCAGUGUAAACGAGCCUACACUUUGGCCUGUAGUUUACUGGAACACACCCUGCGCUCGCUCUCCCUCAUCUAUCCCACAGAAUACAGAAGUACUGCAGGAGGAUUCGAUACAGACCUCCCCAUCAGGGACUGGGGCAGGGACGGAGACGUGUCGGCUCUGGGCGUCUGUUGGCACGUGCCCAGUGAAGAGGAGCAGAGCUUUGUCUUUGAGCUGCUGCAGAGCCUUUUGAAACCCGAGCUUCGGCGAAUUCAAGAGCACGUCUCCGGAGGGCACCCCAUGAGCAGGGAGGAGCUGUUGCAGAGCCUGGCCAUCGUGCAACACAGUUUAUUGGGAGCUGGGAGCCUUCUGCGGCUGCUGGACGGACCGCGUGUCUCUGACCUUGUGCCCUCCAUGGUGAAGCUGGGGGAGAUCAGGCUGCACAUAGGGGUGGACUAUGAUGAUUCACAGGAGAACUACAGAGAGUCCAUCUGCCAAACUCUGCGUCUGCUGCUACAUCACAUUUUGGAGCACUCAGAAGACGACACCAAGUCACUUUUUGUCAUCAUUAAGAUCAUCAGCGACCUCAUGUUUUUCCGAGGCACUCACAAAAAGGAGUUUGAUUCGCGUUGGAAGAGCUUCACACUGGUCAAAAAGUCCAUGGAAAAUCGGCUUCUGGGCAGAAAGAAGCACAUACGAGCCCUGCUCAUCGACCGCGUACUACUGCAACAUGAGAUGAGGAACUUGGUGGUCGAAGGCUGCGAGUACAAAGUGAUCCAUCAAGAUCUGCUCUGUGAUCUGCUGCUCCUGUCUACAAGCACGUACAGCCAGGUUCGGAGUCGUGCUCAGAAUGUCCUCAUGACUGCUUUAGGGACCUACAGUUUUUCAUACAGAGACAUAAUUCCACGAGUCGUACAGCUGCUGGUGCCUGAACACAUCACGGCAUCACAACACCAGUUCAAGGGUGCCCUCUACUGUCUGCUGGGUGCGCAGAGCGGACUGUGCCUGUCCAGUGUUCGGGAUUGGGAUGGGAUUGGUGAAGUUUGGCCAGCUUUGGUGCGCUGUGGUCUCUCUCCAACCAUGACCCUGGAAAAACCCUCCAUCGGGCGACUUCUGGACGAUAUAAUCGAUCGAAUCCACAGACAACAUGAGACAGUCGGGAUUUUCUUUGUUGUCUCGGAGGAGUGUGUGGAAAUUGCCAAUCAAAUCGCUCAGUCCAGAAACCCAGCUCCUGCCUUUGACGUUCCCAUAGUGGAAGAGCUGAAGGAGGGACUGCAGCGGCAACGCAUCAGGAACGUCGUCAACUCCAGGAAGUACGAAAAGCUCGUGAACGACCUUUUGGAUUGCCUUGAAGACCGAGACCUUCCAUGGAAGUUUGAGCACAUGUGCGCAGACCUCCUCUCCCUCCUCCUUCGGGACGACCACCCUCUGCCCCCUGAUGCAGUGCUGUACUUCACCCAGGGCCUGGUACAUGACUCCAUCAGCAUAAGAAAGGUUGCCAUUUUGGCUGUGGCUGGGAUUCUUAAACAGCAGAAGCGGCCCAGACUGAAAAUAACAGUGAAGCCUUCAGAUAUAAGUGGUAUAGAGGACCCAGAGGGAGUGUGUGCGGGGGACAGGGAGUCAAACCGCUGGCUGCAGUACAACAGCUCCCAAGUCCCUCUAACAGAGCAGCAAUGGGACACUCAGCCCUAUGUGGAGAAAACCCAUCUGGGAUAUUACUCCUGGCCCAGAGAAAUGAUGAUCUAUGCAGGUUGUGAAAAGGCAAAAGAAGACCUGUCCUAUGACGAUAUGAGUGAGGGUGAAAAGAUCAUUUACGAGUACUUCACAGACUCUGAGUUCAUUGACCAACUGAUUGAGUUUCUUUCACUGGAGGAACGCAAAGGCAAAGACAGCUUCAACCCCCGACGCUUCUGUCUCUUCAAGGGCCUCUUCCGUAACUAUGGCGACGCCUUCCUCCCGUUGCUAUGGCCACACCUGGAGAGUCUUUCGGCCGACCCCCACGAGAGCUCGCAACGCUGUGUGUGUGAGAUCACUGCUGGGCUGAUCCGAGGAAGCAAACUCUGGAGCUUUGGCAAGGUGGAGAGGCUGUGGCAGCUCCUGUGUCCUAUGAUCAGGACGGCUCUGGCGAACAUCACUGUGGAAACGUACACGGACUGGGGAACAGCAAUCGCUACUGCAUGUGAGGGACGCGACCCCAGGAAGCUGCACUGGCUGUUGGAGCUGCUGAUGGAGAGCCCCCUGAGUGGAGAGUGCGGCUCCUUCAGGGACGCCAGCCUGCUCUACGUUCUCCAGGGAGGACUGGCUCAGCAGCAGUGGAGAGUGUCCGAGUUACUGCAUCGUCUCCUUGGUUACCUGGAGCCCAAACUCACCCAGGUGUAUAAGGACGUGAGGGAGCGCAUCGGCAGUGUCCUGACCUACAUCUUCAUGAUAGACGUCGCUCUGCCCCACACACACCCCACCUCCUCCCCCCACGUCGCCGAGUUUGUCGCCCGGGUCCUGGACAGGCUCAAGCCCCUCACGUCCGAACCCGAAAUCCACAACCACGUCCACGAAGAGAACACCCAGGGGAGCAACGACGAGCGAACCCAAGCUGUCAAACUGCUGAAGACGGUUUUAAAAUGGUUGAUGGCGAGCGCGGGGCGUACCUUUACCACUCCGGUUCAACAACAGCUGCAGCUCCUGCCUUUGCUUUUCAAGAUUGCCCCAGUGGAGAUUGAUGAAAGCUAUGAUGAGAUGAAACAGGAUGCGCGCACGUGUCUGUCGCUCAUGUCUCAGGGCCUGCUGUACCCGGAGCACGUCCCGUUGGUUUUGGCUGCGCUGGAAGAGAUGGCAGUGAACCGGUCGUGGCACGCUCGGUUCUCCGUCCUCACUUACCUCCAGAUCAUGGUCUUUUAUAACCUCUUCACACUGCUCAGCCUCCCCAAAGAAGUGCUCCGCCUCAAGGCAAUGGUCAUGCAGCUGCUCCUGGAUGAACAGCUCGAGGUGCGGGACAUGGCGGGCACCACCCUGAGUGGCUUACUGCAGUGCCACUUCUUCCCUCUGGACUGUGGUCUGCACUCGGAGCUGCAGACGCUGAGUCAGACCUCGGUCCCCAGAGCUCGCGGGGAGCUCGCCUCCACAGACCUGGUGCGGCGCCAUGCUGGAGUGUUGGGCCUGAGCGCCUGCAUCCUGUCCAGUCCCUACGACGUCCCAGACUGGAUGCCUCAGAUCCUGAUGGAGCUGAGCGAGCACCUCAACGACCCACAGCCCAUAGAGAUGACGGUGAAGAAGACUUUAUCCGAGUUCAGACGCACUCAUCAUGAUAACUGGCAGGAGCAUCGACAGAGCUUCACUGACGACCAACUGUUGGUGCUCACGGACCUGCUGGUGUCCCCCUGCUACUACGCCUGA